AUUCUUCUUUCAAUAAGAAAUUAUAACGUUGAACAAUGGCCGCAAGAUGAUGAUGUCGAUUAUCAAAGAAUUAUUGACGAAUCAAUUACAACUAUUAAAGAGUAUAAUUUAGAUGGUAUAGACAUUGAAUAUCCUGGAAUGAGAGGAAGUUUAUGUAAAGUUCCUAAUCCAGGUCCUAAUCCUAAUGGAUUCAUAUGGGAUAAAAGUAAUGAUGACAAAUUCAUUAAUUUUUUAAUAACCCUUCGAGAGGCAUUGAAUGGAAAAACAUUAAUGUUGACAGUUGGUAGAGAUGUAAUUGGAAAUUUAAAUGAUGUAAUUGAUUAUCUUAACAUUGAAACUUAUCAUAAUAGUUUAUAUCAAAAUUUAAAAAAGUCAAACAAUGGCAAUUAUAAAUCACAUCCAAAUUCACCAUUAGAUGUAUACAUAAAGGCCUAUGAAGAUUGGAAUUAUUAUGGUAGAAUUGAUAGUAAAAAAAUAAUUAUGGGUGUAGAUUUUGGGAAUACCAUUCAAAUGAUACCUAACGAAAAUAUUAGACAAGUUCAAACUGUUGAGUUUCCAAAAUCCGCCGUUUUAUUCGAUUUUAACAAGCUUAAGUUAAUUGAUCAAUUCCAGCCAAUCAGAGAUUUUUGUUCUGGAGCUGAUUCUAAUUUAUAUUCAUGGCCAUGGAGAGAACUUUCAUAUACCGCUCUAAAUAAAUCAGAAAGAUUUUGUUCUAUUAAUACGAAUUUUCUUAACUGGACACGUAAAUUUGAAGAAAAAGAUAAUUCCGGUACUCCAUGGCUAUAUAGCGUUCCUGAUCUCAGCGUUCCUUUUAAUCAUUUAUAUGUAUCUUAUGAAGAUAUCAGUUCAUUACGUAGUAAAUUAGAGUUUGCAGUGACAAAUUCAAUCGGAGGAAUGUCAAUAUCUGACGUUAGUUAUGAUGACAUCAAUAAUAAUUUAUUAAACUUUAUGCAACCAAUACGAGGUAAGGCGGUUCCAACAACUGGUGGUUCAUCUCCAUCGAAUGAAGGUAAUGGAAAAUCAGCUCCUAAAGUUUCAGAUAACGUAGGAAAGAUAAAAAAAGGAAUUAUCACUGGUUCAAUUGUUGGAAGUAUAUUGGGUCUGUUUUUAUUGGCAAUUUGCGCGUAUUGGUAUCGUCAAAAAUCUCUUCAUAAAUACGAAGCUGAAAUUAAUCCAGAAUCAACGUCAAAUCGAGUCGUUUCUUCGACCACUGUUAUACAAAUUACUACUGACGAUAGUAGUAAUAUUAAUGAAUUAGCUUCUCCUGAAAUAUGA